ACUCACUAAAACACACAUUGCCCACUCCAUUAAACCCUACAACAACUCCAGCUACCUUAAUCUUCUCGAACCAACCCACAAUCAAACGCAGAAUUAUAGAGAGAAAAACUCAAUUUUUAGAGAGAGAGAGAGAGAGAGAGAGAAUGCCAGGUGAAGAUAUUGAAAACAGAGGAGGAAGGGGAGGAGGAACAGGGGAAGUGAAAAACAGAGUAAACAGCAGGAGCUACUCAGCCUCUUCUUCUUCCUAUCUGAUAGAUGAUUCGGAGACCCAAUGGACCUCUUGGCUGAUUCCCAUGUUUGUGGUGGCGAACGUAGCUGUGUUUCUUGUGGCCAUGUACGUGAACAAUUGUCCCAAGAACAAUCUUGGGUUUCAGGGGAAGUGCGUGGUUAGGUUUCUUGGGCGCUUCUCGUUCCAGCCUAUCAAGGAGAAUCCUUUGUUUGGGCCUUCUUCUGAAACAUUGGAGAAGUUGGGAGCACUAGAGUGGACUAGAGUUGUGGAGAAGCAUCAAGGAUGGAGACUUGUCACUUGCAUCUGGUUGCAUGCUGGUGUAAUUCAUCUGGUUGCAAGCAUGUUGAGCCUCGUCUUCAUUGGCAUACGCCUUGAACAACAGUUUGGGUUUGUUCGAGUGGGGAUAAUAUUCUUGUUGUCAGGCUUCGGAGGGAGCAUAGUUUCCUCUUUAUUUAUUAGAAACAACAUCUCUGUGGGUGCCUCUGGCGCUCUUUUUGGGCUUCUUGGAGCAAUGCUCUCAGAACUUCUAACAAACUGGACUAUUUAUACCAACAAGGCUGCAGCACUUAUCACACUUCUGAUCGUCAUUGUCAUCAACCUUGGCAUUGGAAUUUUGCCACACGUCGAUAAUUACGCGCACAUUGGUGGAUUUCUGACCGGCCUCCUCCUCGGCUUCGUUUUGCUUCCCCGCCCGCAGUUCGGGUGGUUAGAGCAGCGGAAUCUCCGCAACAGCGGCGUUCGUAUAAAAAACAAAUACAAGCCUUACCAAUACGCCUUGUGGGUUAUUUCCCUUGUUCUGCUGAUUGUAGGGUUUACGGUUGCAUUAGUGAUGCUUUUCAGAGGAGAGAAUGGGAAUGAUCAUUGCCAUUGGUGUCACUACGUGGCCUGCGUCCCAACGUCUAGAUGGAACUGUGAUGACAACUAACCCUUCUCCUCGGCCUCUUUUCUCCUCUUAUAUAUAUAUAGUAGUUUUAUAAACUAGUAUUUGGUACGUGUAUAAUUCAUAGCAGCUUUGGAUAUUUGAAGUAUAUUGUAUAUGCUUUUGUUCUGAACACUUGAAUCAAUCGUUAUUUGUAUGUGCA